ACAGGACUGGAAGGUUUCUCAAUGAUUCUGUGCGUUUCUUGCCUGCCGUCAGAAGGACGAUACUCUUGCUGGAGGUUGCGUGGAUCCAUGUUUAGCUGGCUGCGUGACAUUCUCUCAGACCACGAGGAAUCAUAACAAACACACGUGUGACUUUGACUCUCAUCCCAGGAAUCAACCCAGCCAACCAACAGGGAACAACCCCGGGUCCCAACCCUCGCUAACACCAUGGACACAAACCAGAAGGAAUUCAAGGUCCCGGCCAUCCCCGAUGAAAACAUGGACGAAGAUCCGGCCAGUUCCGACGAAGAUGACGAAGACCAAGACGCGGAUGAUUUCAUAGAAGAAGAGGAAGAAGACGACGACGACGAGGAGGAGGAUGAGGAGAAUGAUGAAGAAGGCGAGACCGAGGACGGCCAACCCCUGACCAAUCGGGCUUAUGUGCCCGGUUCCGAACCGCUGGCCGACAAUGAGGAACUGGUCAUGGACGAAGGGGCCUACGUGGUUUAUCAUCAGGCCUCAUUGGGCCCACCUUGUUUGUCCUUCGACCUCGUUCAAGACGAACAACCCGCCUCAGCCCUGGAGGAGUACCCCUACUCCCUGUACGGCGUAGCUGGGUCUCAAGCCGCCAAGGCCAAUGCCAAUUGCAUCAUUACCUUCAAAAUGUUCAACCUCCACCCGUUGACCUCGAAAAAAGCCAAAAGCCCAUCUGACCCCGACCAAUCGGAGGACGAGUCCGAAGACGAAGACGAUAGCGCUCAAGACCCAGAAAACCAGCCCAAGUUGAAAGUGGCCUCGAUCAAGCACAACGGGGGCAUCAAUCGGAUCCGGUACAAGAUGUUGGGUUCAACGGCCGUGGCUGCGGUUUGGUCCGAAUUGGGCUCGGUCGGCAUUUACGGCUUGAACCAUUGUCUCCAGCAACUCGAGAUCCCGACCAGUGGCAACGAUUGGUACCGCGAGACCACCCCGCCCAUCUUCAGUUUCAAGGGCCAUUUGACCGAGGGGUUCGCCCUCAAUUGGUCGCCCACCGUCCCCGGGCUCUUGGCCACCGGGGAUUGUCGCCAGAACAUCCACGUAUGGCAGCCCCAAGAAGCCGGAACGUGGGCCAUUGACCAGAGACCCUACGCCUCGCACACGGCCUCGGUCGAGGACAUCCAAUGGUCGCCCAACGAGCCCAAUGUCAUGGCCUCGUGCUCGGUCGACCAAUCGAUCAAAAUCUGGGACUGCCGAGCCAAGCCCGAUCAGGCCUGCAUGUUAACCGUGAAGCACAGCCAUGCCAGUGAUGUGAACGUGAUCGAUUGGAACCGCCAUGAGCCCUUCAUCGCAUCAGGGGGUGAUGAUGGGUGCAUGAAAGUCUGGGAUCUCCGACAGUUUGAAAAAGGCGAGCCCGUGGCCACGUUCAAGCAUCACACCGGACCUGUGACCAGUGUGGAAUGGCACCCGAGCGAUCCCACGGUGCUGGCCUCGAGUGGGGCCGAUGAUCAGAUUGCUCUGUGGGACUUGGCUCUGGAGAAAGAUGAUGAAGCCGAGCAACCCAGUGGCACUGGCGACGAGCUCAAAGACCUACCCCCGCAGUUGUUGUUUAUUCAUCAAGGUUUGCAAGACAUCAAAGAGCUCCAUUGGCAUAGGAAAUAUCCGGGACUCCUCGUCAGCACGUCUCACUCCGGAUUUGAUGUAUUCCGAACCAUCAGUGUGUGAAAAAUGUUUUGAUUUGCCGGCAAUAAAGUUGAGCCGCCCUUGAAGCUAUGAUGUCGACCACGCGCCCUUUUCCAAUGAAUCCCUUAUUACUAUGAUUUAUCAGUUCCAGA